AUGACAAACAGUACUACUACUUCUACUACUAAACUAAACCCAAAUGCUCCUAUUUUCAUACCCACAAUCCCAUUUUCUUCUUCUUCUUCUGAUCAUCAACAAUACUCAAACCCAAUAUCAUCAAUGCAAUGGGUGCCCAAAAAUAGAGCUGAAAAUAAUGACAAAAGUAUUUUCAAAAACAUUGCUUGUGGCCCCAGAAAUAAGAAACUGCCCAAACAUCCUUCAACGACUACAACUCCAAAAUCAAACCAUUCCAUUCGUAACGGUAACGGUAACAGUAAUUAUGGCCCUAGAAACAACAGAGUAUUAUGUAAACCCAAACAUAAUAAUCACUCUAGUGGUGAUGGUUUUAAUGUUACUACUCUUAUGAUUCGUAACAUUCCUUGUAAAUAUACGAGGAAAAUGUUGUUGGAUUUUAUGGAUGAUUACUGUGAAAGUGAAAAUCAUGAUCAACUAGAAAAGGGACCUAAUAAUAAUAAGUCAGCUUUUGAUUUUCUAUAUUUACCAAUGGAUUUUAGAACUCAUUUUAACAAAGGAUAUGCCUUUGUUAAUUUUACUAAUCCAAGAGCAGCUUCUAAGUUUUGGAAAGCUAAAGAUAAUCAAAAAUGGGAUUAUUUUCAAUCCAAGAAAAUUCGACAAAUUGCUCCAGCUACUAUUCAGGUAAGUCUUAAUUAAUUUGUAUAAAAGAUUAUAAUAUAUAGUAUCAUAAAUCUUAUUAUUUUAUAAAUAUAAAAGGGAUAUAUGCAUCUUCUAAGGCAUAUUUAAAUUUGUUUUUUGAAAAAUACAUUUUUCCUAAUUUUCUUAUGAAGAAAAAAAGUUUCAUUCAUCACAAAAAAACAAGAUUACAACAUGACACUACUCUCAAAACGAGCAGCCAAACAGGACAGGCCGCCCUUAAUUUACAUUAGGCGCGAUUUUCAGUACUAUUAAAAGCGACCUUUCGGUUGCCCCCAAAAUGUUGUAGGGUCUAACCCAAUACAAGAAUAUUCACUGCUUGCCAAAAUAUAAAUCUAUGCUUUGCAACAAUUAAUUCACCUUCUCUUUGUGCAAUAAGGUGUUAUAUAUAGCAACCUAACUUGACAAGUUUUC